AUGGAAGCAUUAAAAACCUGUUUGGAUGCUACCACAUGUGAAGAAUGUCAAAAAAUGGUGUUAAAAACAAUUAAAUGUAAUUGGUGUAUACCAAAAGAUGGUGAAGAUAUAGAUGGGACUAAUAAUAAACCUUUUUGCACUGAUCAAAGGGGACUACAUAGACGUAGACAAGAAUGGCUUGAAGAAAAUUGUCAAGUCGAGGUUUUUUCUCAGUAUUGCAAAGCAGAAGAGGUUACUACACCUGAUAAUAGUGCAAAAGAAGCCACAUCUGUUGAUUCACAAGAUUAA